CCAAAAGAACCCUCUCCAACUCACCUCCACCUUUCUGCCAACCUCUUCCGCUGGAAAAUUCGCCGCCAGAAUCCCCCACCGGCCUCCGGCCAACGGCACUACCAUCGCCUGAAAACUCCAGCCUCGAUCUGUGUUUUCGAGGGUUGAAACUGCUCAUUUUCUCAAUGAGAUGCUUACCCAUGCAAACCGACCACUCCCCACCCAUGCCCUUCUCGGGGAUGGCCCAGGCUCCGGCAGUGUCCGCCCCUGGUUUCGGGCCUUAUCACGACAGGAACGUUAGAAUUCCGACUAAUCACCUCGUCUUCCCGUCGGCUCCCACCUUCUCCUUUGCCGCCGCAACGGGGCCCGAGUACCAAGGGAUCCCGAGUGGCUGCCUGGCAGGGCCACCAUCGUCCAGCCGCUUUCUGGGGUUCCACGGCGGCGUUCUUCACGACGUCUCCAGCGGAGUCGUUCACCCGGCUGAGGCGGUAGAUGCUAAGGCAGUCGCCGCGUCAAGGAGCCACAGCGAGGCCGAGCGGCGACGGAGGGAACGGAUAAACACCCAUCUGGCUACUCUCAGAAGCCUGCUCCCCAACACCACAAAAACCGACAAGGCAUCGCUGCUGGCAGAGGUGAUUAGGCACGUGAAGGAGCUGAAGCGCCGGACGUCGGAGCUUGCGGAAUUCAGCCUCGUUCCGACUGAAACUGACGAAGUGAGCGUGCUUUCAGGCGAGCCUUCCGGCGAUGGAAGGUCUGUGAUCCGUGCGUCCUUUUGCUGCGAUGACCGGACUGACAUCUUGCCGGAGCUCAUCAGGACGUUGAAGACCUUGCGCCUGCGGACCCUCAAGGCCGAGAUAGCCACGCUUGGAGGGAGGAUGGUGAAUGUGCUAUUCGUCACCGGUGACGAGGAAUCCGGCGAGUCGGCGGUUGGCUGCAUACAGGAAGCUCUCAAGGCGGUGAUGGAGCGCAAUGGCGGGGAGAGCUCCACCGGGAAACGUCAGAGAAUGGAGCGCAGGACAAUUUGAAGAUAUGGGUUUUGGCCUUCUGAUACUCAUCUCCUGUAAAGUUAGUGUAGAGUUGCUUUGUCUUUCCGUUGAUGGGGUUUGCUGAAACUGUAGGAAAUGUUGGUCUGUCAUUCUUCUUCUUCUUCUUCUUCUACCUCCAUGAGUAGAAGGAACGGUAUCUAAUUGUGAGGAGAACGAAGCUUUCUUUGCCUAAAAGGAAGCUUUCUGGAGACAUGGAUGUUCAUUCUCUUUGGAGAUUUUGAUUGGAGUCCAGAUGGUAUUGGUUUUUGGGGAUGCAAUGGAACAUUGAAGUCAUGAAAUUAGAUUCUGUUCAUUUUGAGCACCGGAGUUACUGUGCCAAAAUGCCGGAAUGGAUAGGCGUAGGAGACUGGGCCAUCUAAAUCCAAAGCGUGGAACGCUCUCUCUUUUUGUAAUGGUUUAGUAGGGUAUGAGUAUGGGAUGUAAGAUAUAUAUUUCCUCUUUC